CCAUCCGUCGUCCCGUUUCAGUACUCAGCCGUCGCGUUUCCAUUCGCAAAUUCCAAAUAUGGUAGAGUGAUAUUAAACGGACCUUUUUUUCCCUCCGAUUCACGUCAGUUCGUCGUGCCGUUGUUUGUGUUAAUUUUCCCCCCGCGCCUCGCAAUCGAACCGAAGUUCUGACAAUUUUACGCGAUCUUAUAUCAAUUGAUUGACAACGAAGUUAAUUUUUUUUUGGAAUUCAGUAACGAUACACAGUCAACCCAAUUAUAUAAAGCUGACCACUAAAGCUUCAUAUUAGCCAUUUCUUAGAAUUACGCCGGGACAACAUUUAAUAAGAUAAAUUCUUUUUGCAUGAGUCACUAAGAUGUCUUUUAAAGUAAGAAGUAGUAAAUUUCGCCAUGUUUAUGGAACAGCUCUAAAACGAGAGUAUUGUUAUGAUAAUAUUCGUGUAUCUAAAUCUUCGUGGGAUUCUACAUUUUGUACUGUAAACCCAAAGUUUCUUGCUUGUAUUGUUGAAUCAGCUGGUGGAGGAGCUUUUAUAGUAUUACCUCUUUCAAAGACUGGUCGUUUACCUGCUGAUCAACCUGUAGUUGGUGGUCAUAAAGGUCCUGUUUUAGACAUUGCUUGGUGUCCACACAAUGACAAUGUGAUUGCCAGCGGUUCUGAAGAUUGCGUUGUAAAAGUUUGGCAAAUUCCAGAUGGUGGAAUUUCACGGACAUUGACCGAAUCUGUAGUAGAUUUAAUAUACCACCAAAGAAGAGUUGGUCUUGUUUUAUGGCAUCCAACAGCACGAAAUAUUUUGUUAUCUGCUGGAUCUGAUAAUCAAGUUGUAAUAUGGAAUGUUGGUGUUGGUGAACCACUUAUCCAUAUUGAUUGUCAUCCUGAUAUAGUAUUCAGUGCAUCCUGGAAUUUUGAUGGAUCACAAUUAUUAACAACAUGUAAAGAUAAAAAGCUUAGACUAAUUAAUCCUAGGAGUGGAGAAGUUGAACAGGAAGUAAUAUGUCAUGAAGGAAGUAAAGCAUCAAGAGGUAUAUUUUUAAAAGGUGGCCUAAUUUUUACAACUGGCUUUAGUAAACUUUCUGAAAGACAGUAUUCAUUGCGGUCUCCUGAAAAACUAGAUGAUCCUAUUGUUAUGGUUGAAUUAGACACUAGCAAUGGAGUUAUGUUUCCUCUGUAUGAUCCGGAUACAAGUAUGAUUUACUUGUGUGGCAAGGGUGAUAGUGUUAUUCGAUAUUUUGAGAUUACCGGAGAACAUCCAUUUGUUCAUUACAUUAAUACGUUCCAAACUCCAGACCCUCAACGAGGAAUUGGUAUGAUGCCAAAACGUGGUUGCGAUGUAUCCAUUUGUGAAAUAUCAAAAUUUUAUCGUUUAAAUAAUUCAGGACUUUGUCAAGUUAUCAGUAUGACUGUCCCACGAAAGUCAGAAUUAUUCCAAGAAGAUUUAUAUCCAGAUACUAUUGGAGAUAUUCCUUCAAUAGAUGCUGAAGACUGGUUCAAUGGCCAAGAUGCUGAACCAAUACUAAUAUCAUUAAAGGACUAUCAUCAGCCAACACGAUUACCAACUGCUUCUGAAAUGAAAGUAGCAAAAAAGCCAAAUAUUUUAGAUAAACCAUCAACUAAUAAAUCUACCAAAUCAAGUCCUAAUAAUCUUACAACACCAGUGGCUAAACCACAAUUUAUACAGCCACAGCAAUCAAUUCCAGAUGAUAUUGUGAAGGAAUUUAAAGAGGAAAUUCGAAAGUUAAAAGCUAUGAUUGUAAAACAUGAAAACCGUAUUAGAACUUUAGAAGCUCGAGCUGCCGAGGAUGUUACAGACUCAGUUAAAGAUAAUGGAGAUUCUCUUAUUAUUACCAAUAACGAUCAAAAUGAUGUAGAUACCAAAGAUGUGGAUAUAAAUGAUGACGACUAAAUUGUUUGGUACUAUGAUUAUUAAAAUCAAUUUUAAGAGACUUUGAGAUAAAUUAGUUUUGAUUAAUUUAUAUUGACUAAAUUUAUGACAACCUACAAUAUUAAAUAGCAAAAUAACAUGCUCAAAGUGGUUUCAAUUCUACUUUUCUCUAGUCUUCA